UUGAGUCAUCUCGGUGCUGGGGUCAUCAUAAACAGCAGCAUUCAACAUCAUCAGCAGAAAGUAGUGACAGAAACAAGAGGUAGGAAGGACAGAAUUGUAAGCUCGGAUUUGCAGGUGUUGAGUCAUCUCGGUGCCGGGGUCAUCAUAAACAACAUCAUUCAACAUCAUCAGCAGAAAGUAGUGACAGAAACAAGAGGUAGGAAGGAAAGAAUUGUGUUGAUUCAUCUCGAUGCCAGGGUCAUCAUUAACAGCAGCAGUCAACAUCAUCACCAGAAAGAAGUAACAGAAACAAGAGGUACAAAGGACAUAAUUGUGCGUAUGGGUAAUUCGAAAAGCAAGGCAGUUGAACCGCAACCAGAAGAGGACGUUACUAUGGGCCUUUCAAGCAUGAAAAAUGUUGAAGAUAACAAUGCAAGAAUCAUACCCGUAGCUCAAAGUGAUGAUGAAACGAAUGCUAUAGUUCUAGAAGGGACAUGUCCGGUUGGAGAGCACAAUGAGGCUUUGUUGUCGGCUCUGAGCACACUAACGGUGGAUUGUUGCACAGAUGAAUAUGAAGGAUCAAGAUCGCUACGGGAUGGAAAUCAUCGUGAUGCUACGUUGUUGGCUUCGAGUAAUCUAACUCUCGAUUCUGGCUCUAUUGGAGAUAUCACCUUGAAAGCUGUAGGCUGUGAACCUUCAAACAAUGAGAUAGAUGGUGCGACAAAACUAAAAGGAAAUCCCAACAUCCAUACUGACGUGUUCGGUAGUGGAUCCAACAUCCAUCAAUUAUUAUUUUUGCUUUAUGGGCUUUGUAGUUAUUACUUUUGACAACACAAAGGAGCAGUUCAACGCACAAAGGCGUGCUGCUUAUCAAAAGAAAAAGGACCAGGAUAAUGUGUUGUUGCAAAAGGUUCAUCAGCCCUCCUUGACAAAUUCUGGUAAUUUUUUUAACGUCAGUUAGCUGACUAAUCUUUGUGACAUAUAAAUUUUUAAGUUGGUUUCAUAUA